AUGUCUAUGAUCAUCAACAAGUGCUCAGACGUCCCAAAGGGAUCUUCCUCAGGUGUCUACCCCGUUAUUACAUCAGAAGGGGAAAGUCGCCAAUUGUUCUGUGACAUGGACACAGUAGAUGGGCCGUGGGUUGUGAUACAGCGACGAACAAGUGGAGAUGUUGACUUUUAUCGAGACUGGGCAGACUACAAGAAUGGUUUUGGGGAUAUACUGGGAAAUUACUGGAUUGGCAAUGACAUUAUUCACAUCCUGACAAACACGCCGAGAAUCCUACGUGUUGAACUAGAGGCUUGGGACGGAAGAAAAGGGUAUGCACAAUAUUCGAAAUUCCAGCUGGCCAACGAACAUCAAAAUUACACACUUUUCGUGCAGGGAUUCACCGGCAACGUUUCCUAUGAUGCUAUGGCCGUCCAUAACGGCAGCAACUUCAGCACGUACGACAGAGACAACGAUUACUACCCCAGCUUUGACUGUGCCGGGUAUUACCGUGGGGGGUGGUGGUACACAUUUUGCUACCAAGCCAACCUCAACGGCCCAAUUAAGGUGGCCAAUGGAAAGGAGGAUUCAUUAUCGAUGACCUGGUGGUGCUUUCCUAAUAUUGACCAGGAUUAUAUUCCGUUGAAGAAAUCUAAGAUGAUGAUGCGAUAGACACGAUUGAGUGUGAUGUACUUUUAUACAAAUUACAUCUAUAAAUCGGCAA